AUGUGUGAAGACUUGUUCUCAGCCACGACGCGUAGAGAUGAAGAUGGUAGGUACGUCGUGAAGUUGCCAUUUCGCGAUGAAGAGUUGACCUUCAACAACGGGAACUCUCGUGAGAUAGCAAUAAAAAGGUUAAAGGCACUAGAAAGAAAGUUCACAAAAGAUAAGGUACUAAAAGAGAGAUAUACGGAAGUAAUCAAGGAAUAUUUACAGUUAGGUCAUAUGGUGCCUGUACCAAAUCAAGAGAUUAGUAAAGAAAGAUCAGCUUACCUGCCACAUCAUGCAGUCGUCAGAGAGGAUAAGAUAACCACAAAGGUCAGGGUGGUCUUCGAUGCAUCCUGCAAAAAUGAAAACGGCGUGUCAUUGAAUGACAACUUGAUGGUUGGACCUACGUUACAGCCAGACCUGCGACAUUUGAUCAUGAGUUGGAGGAAACAUCCAGUAUGUUUAAUAGCUGACAUCGUUAAGAUGUACCGAAUGGUGAGAGUGGCAGAAGAAGAUUGCGAUUUUCAACGCAUAGUGUGGAGAAGUUCGCCGGAAAAUGAUAUACGGGACUACAAGCUACUCACUGUCACUUUCGGCACGGCUUCAGCGCCUUAUUUAGCAGUCAAAAGUUUAAAUCAAGUCGCCACAGAUCAUAAAAAAGAGUACCCAAUGGCAUCAGAAAAAGUCGCAAGGGAGUUUUAUAUGGAUGAUCUGAUGACGGGAUGCCAGACCAUAGAGGAGGGUACAAGAUUAUAUCAGGAGAUGAAGGCACUAUUAAAGAAAGGUGGAUUCAUUCUGCAAAAGUGGUCGAGUAACAAAGAUGAAUUACUACAGAUAAUAGAUGACUCAGGAAAUGAAGAACAUAACAAGCAAGACAAAGCUUUAGAAUUUAAACAGGACAAUAUAGUAAAAAUAUUAGGACUCACCUGGAACAGAAGUCGCGAUGAAUUUCAAUACUCGGUAAAGCUGCCUCCGUUGUCUGCACCUGUAACAAAAAGGAAAAUUAUAUCCGACGUUGCGCGGUUAUUCGACCCCCUGGGGUGGAUAGCCCCGUGCGUAAUAAAAGCUAAGAUAUUCAUACAGCGAUUGUGGAUAGCAGGGACAGGAUGGGAUGAGGAACCACCAGCAAGCAUCUUAGAAGAUUGGUAA